AUGAACGGCGUCAAGCACGACCAGUCCGGCGCACCGCCGACUCCGUCCAAGCGUUGGUCAUCGGGACUCGCCGAGAAUGUCGGAGCAGGCGCUUCGAGCGUGUCUGAAAAGGCGCCUCCUCCCAUUCAAGGUGCACUCGACUCAGCCAAACGCUCUGCAAAGCAAGUGGUCGACUCGGCGUCCUCGAUCAACAUCAAGUCAGGUUCCAUCUCGCACUCGGCAUCAGCCGAAUAUCCAGUGCCGCAGUCGCAUCCCGAGUCGCAGAUCGCAGACUACGUUCUUGUCUUUCAGCAUGUCGCGAAAAAGUACGCUGGCGCUUCGGCAAAGGUGCCCGAAUCCGAGAAGGCCAAGAUCGCUGCAGAGUAUAACGGUCUGAUCCAACGCAUUCGAUCCACCGGUCUUAAAGUCACGAGCAGAGACGGUGCCAAGGGCUCCGGUCAGAUUCUCAUCUUUGUCAAGGCCGAUGCGCAGCUUUUGCAAAGACUCGCGCUUCAGGAGGCGCUCUCGGAUUACUUGCACGGCGUACUCUCUGUGCACCCUCCACCGCCUCGCUCCUCGAGUCUGCAGACUAACAACCAGACUUCGCCUCUCAACCUGACGCCUGCAUCUCGUCUCCGCCUGGUCGACUCGUUGCUCACGCUUCCGAACCUUGCCAGUCAUGCCGUCAAAAAUGCCGGUGCACGUGUGCCAUCCGGUGCUGGUCUGCGUGUGGGACUUGCCGAGUUUCCGCACCUGGUAGACAUGAGUGCCAUCCAUGAUCCCCUCUACAAUUCGGCAUGGGUCAAACGAUGGUCACACACUUCUCCCACCAAAGCGUUCUACGGCGUUGGUCUCCAAGACCUCGACUCAAUCCGCGAGCAUUUUGGAGAAGACAUCGCUCUGUACUUUGGCUUUCUCAACUUCUACUUCCAGGCGCUUGCACCUGCUGCUCUGCUCGGAGCCUCGUUCUGGCUGCUCGGUCGACCCUUUUCGCCGAUCUACUCGCUCGGACUCGUUGCUUGGUCGUGCCUGUUUGUCGAGUUGUGGCGCAUGAAACAGCGCAAAUUGGCUGUACGAUGGGGUACACUGGGUGUCGGCCAGGUCGACCGAAGGAGGCACGACUUUGUCGCGCGUACCACGCGCAUCGACCCCGCAACCGACGAGCCCGAGGAGGUGUUCGAAUGGUGGCGUCGAGAGUUGAGGGUGAUCCUUUCACUGCCCAUUGUCGCGUUUUUCGCUUCUGUAUUGGCGGCUACCAUGACGCUGAUGUUUGUCGUUGAAAUCUUUGUCACGCAGCUGUACCACGGUCCGCUCAAGCAGGCUGUGCCGUUCAUCCCAACCGCGCUGUUGGUGGUAGCCGUGCCGCAGAUCAUGGCGGCUUGGCAGGCUACCGCAGUUGCUAUCACCAAAUGGGAGAACCACUACAGUGCGAAAUCGUACGACUACUCGAUGACGCUCAAGCGCUUUGCGAUGCAAGCUAUCACCGCCUAUGGAGCACUCACGCUCUCAGCUUACGUGUACAUUCCGUUUGGCGAGCUGAUCAUGGAAACUAUGGUCCAGCGCGGAUUCUUCCAACACUCGAUCCAGGAAGCCAUCAAACAAGGCAGAAUCAGCCCCAAGGGUAUCGACUUCCACAUCAACCCAGACCGCAUGCAUACGCAGCUGUUUGCGGUUAGCGUCACGAGCCAGUUCGUCAACGCGUUCACCGAGCUUGCUUUGCCCGUACUCAUGCGCAAGUUCAACGAGUGGAGGGAGCAGCGUAGCGAAAAGACAAGCGCAUCUAGCACGGGAGCGCCGCAGCGUUCGGGGUCGAUUGAUUCGUCCGCCUCCUCUUCCGGUGCUGUUACUCCCACUUCUGGAAGCAGCAGUGAAGAGCUGGAACAACGCUUUGUCUCGCGCGUCCGCAAAGAACUCCAGCUUCCACCGUACGACCUAUUCGGAGACUACGCCGAAAUGGCUACGCAGUUCGGUUACAUCACUCUAUGGUCUGUGGUCUGGCCUCUGUCGCCCGUAAUGGGAUUCGUCAACAACUUUUUCGAACUGCGAUCAGAUGCUGCCAAGAUCAGCUUGAACAACCGCCGACCCAUCCCGGUGCGCUCAGAAACCAUCGGAGCAUGGCUCGAGACGUUCGGAUUUAUCGGCUGGCUCAGCGCGCUCAACAAUGCUGCUCUUGUUUAUCUCUUCCAGCAGUCCGACGAGGCGCAUCUGGAAGGUCAUUCCACGUACGAAACACGCAUGAGGAGCCAUGUGCACCCGAGCAACUUUGGCGUCAACACAACCGAUGCGCAGUCCGCGCUGAGCUUUUCGCGACUGUUGCCGAAGAGUAUCCCCACGGCCGGCCCCACGGGCGCGAUAGUAGCUGGCAUACUGGUGGCGUUGUUAGCAGAACACGUUUAUGCGGUGAUGAGAAGUGGCGUUAGGCAUAUCCUGGAACGGCUGAUUUGGAGGGGCUCGAACGAGGAGAUGAUUGUCAGAAGGAGAGAGUGGGUGUUGAGAGUCGAGACGUUGAAGAGUCACUGGGACGGACAGCAGGAUGAGGUGGCCGUCGAAAAGGUCGAUCAAGCAGGAGGCUUCUGGAGCAAGGAGAAGGAUGUGGGGGCUUCAGCUAUCCAGGAACUCGGUAAGACCGAGUGA